AUGUCAAAAAGAAUUGAAACAAACAAAAGAAACAGAAAGAUUGAAGUUGGCCAAGUUGAAUCACAAGAUGGAAAAGGGGCUGGAAUUGAAGUAGCAGAUUAUUCAAAUAGUAUGGUUAAUCAAGAAUAG